GUUUGUCUGCAAUGGAUUCUGCCUCAGUAAUGUAUGAGAAGGUGUUUGCACGUGACCCCGCCCCCUCAGCUUAUCUCAGCAGCUGCUGGCUCCUCCCUCUACCUGAACAGGAUGAGCGAGAAGCGAGCGCUGCAGGACAUGGAGGAGCAGGAAACCAGGAGAAUGCCACAGCCGCGGUUGUUGCUGGUGAUCACCGGCGAUGAUUUUGGCUAUUGUCCCCGGAGGAACCAGGGGAUUGUUGACUGCUUUCUGGCAGGAGGCAUCUCCAAUGUGUCUCUCCUAGUGAACGCUGCAGCAGCUAAAGAGGCUGCAGAUCUAGCUAAAAGACAUCAGAUUCCUAUUGGUCUCCAUGCCAACCUCUCUGAGGGCACUCCAGUGUGUCAGAUGCUCCAGAAGUCCUCCAGCCUCACUGACCAGAGAGGCUUCUUUCACGGGAAAAUGGGCUUCCGUCAGUCCUUGGAGAGUGGUCAGCUCUGCAUGAAGCAGGUGGAGAUGGAGUUAAGGGCCCAGGUGAAACGCUUCGUGGAACUCACAGGUCAUCUGCCUGAUCAUAUGGACGGACACCAACAUGUUCACGUGCUACCAGAGGUCCGUGAUGUCUUCGCUCAGGUGAUGUCAGACCAUAGGAUUCGGUUCACUCGUGUUCCAGUAGAACCGGGUUUGCACAGCUGCCAAUGGCUCCCUGAGCACCUGCACUCCUUCUACUGCCAGGUGGAGAAGGACGCCCUGGACUCCAUGGCCGUCUUCAGACAGAAUGGGAUCAGGUGGCCUGAUGCGUACCUUGGGCUGACCACCAUGGGUCAAAACAUGUCCGUCCCCCACCUGCAGAGGGCGCUGCGGCUCGCCUUGGCUGCAGGGCAGAUGGGUGGAACGCCCGGUGGGGCGUGUGUCACAGCUGAGCUCAUGGUCCACCCAGGUUACCCAAGUCAUCCGCAGGAGGGCGGCUGCGGGGACGGACCUGACGACUUCUCCCAGUCACCUGAGCGACAGCAUGAACUGAGCGUGCUCAAAGAGCCGUCUGUGGCAGCGCUCUUAAGCCAGGAGAAGGUUCAAGUGUGCGCUUUUAAAGACCUUUGAUGCUGCUGUCUCUGGAGUUUACACCCAGAGACUCAAUGAGGCUGGACAGAACCAAGGUUUAGUAUAUCUGGGUUUUUCUAAGGUCCAGAAUAACUUUUAUAACACAGUAGUCGUCUUUCACUGUUGAUGCUAGCUGGUAUCUUCGGUGGACUAAAAUAAAAGCACUUUUACUGACAGAA